AUGGAGAUAGAGUGUGAGAGUAGCACUUCAGGGGAUGACAGUGUCUUUUGGUUGGAUUCUGAAGUUAUGAUCCAGCUGACUGAUGGAGAAGAGGAAGAAGGGGAAGAAAACUUCAGGAAGAUGAAGUCUUCAAUACAUUCUGAAGAGGAUGAUUUUGUUCCAGAACUACAUAGAAAUGUUCACCCUCGAGAGCGGCCUGAUUGGGAAGAAACACUUAGUGCAAUGGCAAGAGGAGCAGAUGUUCCAGAGAUUCCUGGAGAUCUUACUCUUAAGACAUGUAGCAAUACAGCGAGUAUGAAGGUUAAUAAACAUGUAAAAAAGUUACCAUUCACGAAGGGUCACUUUCCAAAGAUGGCUGAAUGUGCACAUUUUCAUUAUGAGAACGUUGAAUUCGGCAGCAUACAGCUUUCACUUUCAGAAGAACAGAAUGAAGUAAUGAAAAAUGGCUGUGAAUCUAAAGAGCUGGUCUACCUCGUACAGAUUGCUUGCCAGGGCAAAAGUUGGAUUGUUAAAAGAAGUUAUGAAGAUUUUCGGGUACUUGAUAAACAUCUUCAUCUCUGUAUUUAUGACCGACGGUUUUCCCAGCUCUCAGAGCUUCCCCGUUCUGACAGCCUGAAGGAGAGUCCAGAGUCUGUCACUCAGAUGCUCAUGGCUUACCUGUCACGCCUUUCAGCUAUUGCUGGCAACAAGAUCAACUGUGGUCCUGCACUUACCUGGAUGGAGAUUGAUAACAAGGGAAACCAUCUUCUGGUUCAUGAGGAAUCAUCCAUCAACACUCCUGCUGUUGGUGCUGCCCAUGUUAUAAAGAGGUACACUGCUCGGGCUCCUGAUGAACUGACUUUAGAGGUGGGAGACAUCGUUUCUGUUAUUGACAUGCCCCCCAAAGUGCUAAGUACAUGGUGGAGAGGCAAGCAUGGAUUUCAGGUGGGACUCUUCCCUGGUCAUUGUGUGGAGUUAAUUAACCAGAAAGUUCCCCAGUCAGUGACCAACUCAGUGCCAAAACCAGGAGUUGAAGUUCAUUUGGAUAGCUGA